AUGUUUUUCUUUGUUGUCAGGUCGAACAUGAAAGCAACCAGCCUGAGGGCACCAUCACCGAGAUCAAUGGCGGCAGUGCCAACGUCGGCCAAGGCUUCGGAGGAAGGUAAGGAUAUAUGCUUCAUGCUUGAGCAAGCUUCUAAUACCCAGAAACACUCACUGACUCCUGGAUCAAGUAACGUCUGGCUCAGGACGAUCAAAGCUGAUAAGCCGGACAUGAUGAUGGAUAUCAUUUUCAUCUACAUUGGACAUGGCGAGGCAGCCCGAACGGAUGAUCUCGCAAAGGGUGCUAGUGGCGACUACCGCUUCCUUGAUUGGACCCGUAACAUGACUGCCACUCGGUAA